CAAAAACUGCUGGUCCCUCCGAGCCAGCAACGCAGAGAGUGAAUGCAGAGAGACAGAUAGAUAGACAGAGUGAGAUAGAGAGAGAAAGAGAGAGAGCAGGCUGCAACUCCUCUGCCCUCAGGGCUGUGCACCCUUCCCGGGGGCUUCUAGCUGUGCACAAGGGGCUGUCAAUCACUUCUGGAGGGACAGUAACUGUACUUUGCAAUCCUUAUACCCCUCCAGACAUAAAUAAUGCAGGACGAUAUACCUCUCUUGCAAGCCUCUGCUUGCUUAACAGAACGGAAGUUAUUAGAAAACGCAGACUUUAUUGGUGUAGAAUAUCAUUCGAUGUACGUGUGCAAGUCGAAGCGGGGAAUGAAACGAGACGACAGCAAGGAAGCCUAUAAACUACCGCACAGGCUGAUAGAGAAGAAAAGACGUGAUAGGAUUAACGAAUGCAUUUCACAGCUUAAGGACCUGCUGCCCGAGCAUCUGAAACUGACGACAUUGGGACACCUGGAAAAAGCUGUGGUGUUAGAAUUAACGUUGAAACACUUAAAAGCUUUAACUACUUUAACAGAACAACAGCAUCAGAAGAUACUUGCUUUGCAAAAUGGUGACUGUGCCCUGAAAGGGACUGUGCAGUCGGAUCUGGACGCCUUCCACUCGGGAUUUCAAACGUGUGCCCGGGAGGUGCUGCAACACCUGACCAGGUUUGAAAGCUGGACCCCCAGGGAGCAGCGCUGUGCCCACCUGAUUGGCCACUUGCACCAAGCUGCCACACAGCUCCGAGCCGAUGGGGAGACGCAGACUUCGGGUGAAGGGCAGGUCGGUGCCCAGGUGGCAGAGCACAGCCGUUCCGGUGACAACUGCGUCCCGGUCAUCCAGAGGACGCAGGCGGCAGAGCACAAUGGGAGUGACACGGACACCGACAGCGGAUAUGGAGGGGAUGGGGAGAGGUGCGAGGGGAAAAGCGAGAAGGAGUUCAACCCAGGAGAUGGCCACGAGAGCCGGACUUACAAAAUUAAACAGGAGCCCGAUGAUCCGCCGGCCAAAAGGGUCAAAGUUGAUCUGGCCAGUCACAUGACCAGCUCUGAGGCUGGCCAUGACCCCACUCUGCACUCGAUGAUGGGGAUUGGCACAAUGCCCACCCUUGGCCAGCAACCCCCUUUCUGUCUACCCUUUUACUUCAUUGCCCCCUCAGCAGCUGCUCCGUACAUGCCCUUCCUGGACAAGACCAACCUGGAGAAAUGCUGGUACCCGGCUCCCAUCCCGCUCCUUUACCCUGGCAUUCCGGCCCUGCAUGGCAUCUCGGCGCUGGCAUCUGAUAGGCUACUCAGCCAGAACCCAUCCCCGGGGUCAGGCCCAGUGCUUGGGCCCCGUUCGUCCGAGUCAGAGCCAACUAGACCCCUCAGAGCAGAGCGAGCUUCGAGCCCAGCUCGGGAACCGCUACAGUCACCAAACAACAUGUCCUAAAAUGGUCAUCCAUAUUUUGACCCGCCCUUCCCCCACCUCAUAUUCCCUCCCCACUCACAUUAAAAUAUGGAACUAGACAUUUCUCUCACAUUGAGUCCUAGAGAUGGAAGGAAGUGAGGACCAAAUUCCAAAAUUAAAUGCCCCCACAGAACACAAUUUUGAGCGUUCAUAACUUGGUGACCUCCUUUGUUUAGAAGAUGGACAAAGAUCAAGUUAAAGUAGAUCCUGUUAAGGUACUCUUAGAAUUGGGGUGUAAACCUGUGAAUAUGCUGAGUAAUUCUUUGGCAAUCUUUUUGCAGAUGAACUCCUCCCUCCCUCCAAUGCUCGUGUUAACGACCAUACUUAAAAGUGCCGGAAAAAAAUCACCUGCUUUCAUUUUUUUCUCAAACACCACAAAUUAGCUUGAGUGUGAGUUGAGGUUGGUGGCAGCUUCAAUUAAGUAUUUUUCAGGACAGCAUAACUAAAGGUCUAUUUAAAGGGAAAAAAAGGCAAAUUGCGUGCUCUGUAUGUGCCUGUACCAAUGGUUUAAAACAGGAGCACAAAAUGAGGAGAGGAGAGAUCUGGGAUGGGUAGAUAAUAUAAUCUAUUCGAAUCUUUGCACCUUUUUUGAGUUAAAUAAAUAUGGAUUUUGGGGAGAGAAAUGCCUUGCCCCCACCAGUUCAUGGCAGUCCUGAAGCCCUGCUCUGAUUUAUGUAUUAACUCUUGUGGCCUUCUUCAGAGAUGAAAGUCGCUGGUUACAUUAAUAAUAUUUCUUUCCCCCAUCCCUCUCUCCGCACUCUGACAAUUGAAAGUCACAGUUGAGAGCCUAAUCACCCAGACUGAGGCGACGGUGGCCUCAGUGAGACCUAUUUUUAGUUGUUGCCAAGGCAGCUGGUUUGGUGAUGCUGUGAAGUGUUAUGUAACAGCUGAGACACAUCCCUGCCUGAGCAUGAGCUAGCACUCGUAUUCAUCCUGGUUACAUUACUGCUGCUGUAUGCCUGACGCGCUGCGUUCUAAAAUAUUGUGAAAUAUAUAUAUUGCCUAAAGUGGCUUUUGUUUUGUGUACUGUAAAUAGUUUGUGAAUAAUCAUGAAUCUCGUCUGAUAUGCUAUUUUUGUAGGGGGAUAAUACAUGAUAACCACUGAAUAUUUUAUGUUUUCAGCAAAAUGAAUUUUAUGAAGAAUUGUUCAAUAAUGUUUGCACUUCUUGGUAGUGCUUUAUGCUUAUGCAGUCUUAAGUUAUUAAAAUAAAUACUGUCUGCAUUUAAAACAAAA